GUUAUUAGUGUGUUCAGUCACCCACCAGUGUUCCUUGCCACAGGUUUCAGAUCUUCCAUCUAGACGAAAAAGGUGAUGGAUGCGUCUUUGCUCGGCGGAGAAACUAGUAGUCGAUGGGGUGUCGCAGGAGGGCGGAGAGUUUAUAAGCGGCGAUCGGAUGCUAUCGCUUACGGAUCGCCUUAUCAGAAGGCCGCGGCUCUUGUUGAUCUUGCCGAAGAUGGAAGUGGUCUACCAGAGGAAAUCCUUAACUUACCAAACAUUGAAGCUGCUGCAAAGUUCUACUUCAUAUUCAUCCGCUUUGAUAUCAUAUGGACCCUUAAUUAUUUUGCACUUAUAGCUUUGAACUUCUUUGAGAAACCAUUAUGGUGUAGCAAUGUUUUAGAGAUUUCUUGCAGUAACAGGGACUACUAUUUUCUUGGGGAGCUUCCAUACUUGACUAAUGCAGAAUCUCUGGCAUUUGAGGGUGUGACCCUCUUAAUUCUUAUGGUGCAUACCUUUUUUCCUAUUUCAUAUGAAGGGAUUAAUCUCUACUGGAGAAAUCAUGUUAAUAAGCUGAAGAUCAUUGCACUAAUAAUUCUGGUUGCUGAUUUAGUAGUUGAUAUUCUCUAUCUCUCUCCACUGGCCAUCUAUUCUCUUCCAUUGAGAAUUGCACCUUAUCUUAGGGUACUUUUCUUCAUCUUGAAUAUCAGGGACUUACGAGACAGCCUCGUCGUCUUGGGUGGAAUGGUUGGCACAUAUCUCAAUGUGUUGGCUUUGUGGCUUCUGUUUCUUCUGUUUUCCAGUUGGUUAGCUUAUGUCAUCUUUGAAGAUACCCAACAAGGAACUACAAUCUUUUUCUCUUACCCUGCUACGUUGUAUCAAAUGUUUGUUUUAUUCACCACCUCCAACAAUCCAGACGUUUGGAUUCCUGCCUACAAAUCAUCAAGAUGGUCUUCUCUUUUUUUCGUACUUUAUGUGCUUCUGGGUGUUUACUUUGUGACAAACCUGGUUCUUGCUGUUGUAUAUGACAGCUUCAAAUCUCAGCUAGUUAAACAAAUUGAGGAGAAGGACCGAAUGAGGACAAGAAUAUUGGGGAGAGCCUUUAAUCUCAUUGAUGACAAUGCUGUUGGCACUCUUGAUAAGGAACAAUGUAUCCAAUUAUUUGAAGAACUUAAUAAAUACAGGACGCUGCCAAAAAUAUCAAAAGAUGAUUUUGAGUUGAUAUUUGAUGCACUGGAUGACAGUCGCGAUUUUAAGAUUAACGCAGAAGAAUUUAAUGAUCUUUGCAAUGCAAUUGCCUUAAAAUUUCAAAAGGAGGAUACAGAACCUUGGCUAAAAAAAUUCCCCUUCUACAAUUCUUCCUUAUCUGAAACUCUCAAAGGCUUUGUACAAAGCCCCAAGUUUGGAAAUGGGGUUGCUGUUAUUCUCCUCUUGAAUCUGGUUGCUGUUAUUAUUGAAACAACGCUUGAUAUACAAAACAACUCUGGUCAGAAAUUCUGGCAGAAGCUGGAGUUUGUUUUUGGUUGGAUAUAUGUACUUGAGAUGGCUCUGAAAGUUUAUACAUAUGGAUUUGAAAACUAUUGGAAGGAUAGUCAGAACCGAUUUGAUUUCAUUGUCACAUGGGUCAUAGUUAUUGGAGAAACAGCAACAUUCGUAUCUCCGAAGGAGCUGACAUUUAUUUCGAAUGGGGAGUGGAUUCGUUAUCUUCUUAUCGCAAGGAUGUUAAGGUUGAUUAGGAUCUUGAUGCAUGUUCAAAGGUACCGAGCCUUUAUUGCUACAUUUUUAACGCUGAUACCAAGUUUGAUGCCGUACCUGGGUACCGUCUUUUGUGUCAUGUGCAUUUACUGCUCAAUGGGCAUACAGAUCUUUGGUGGGAUAGUCAAUGCGGGGAACCCAGAUUUACCAAGUACAGAUCUUGCUGAUAGCGAUUACUUAUUAUUUAACUUUAAUGACUACCCCAAUGGUAUGGUGACACUCUUCAAUUUGCUUGUGAUGGGAAACUGGCAAAUAUGGAUGCAGGAUUAUGCGAUAUUGACAGGAACAGCUUGGAGUUAUGCAUACUUCAUCAGCUUCUAUCUAAUAACAGUUCUGCUCCUCCUCAAUUUGAUUGUCGCAUUUGUGUUGGAGGCAUUCUUUGCUGAAUUAGAAAUCGAGUGUCCUGACGAAGAUGAAGAUGCGAAGGGAAAGGGAGGAAGGGGACGCCGUAACUUGGGCACAAAGACGCGCAGUCAGAGGGUUGAGAUGCUACUUCACCACAUGCUGAGCGCAGAGCUGCAUCAAUCACCACCUUCCUCUCCAUAAAUAUAUAUACACUGAUACCUCCCAGGUUGAAGUGACUUAUGAGUUCCUAUUCUUUUAGUUUUGCCAGUGUUUAUAAUAUAAACUCAUCCAAUGGAUCAACAGAAACCAUUGUUAGUGUUACAUGUGUUCUUUUUUACUCAAUUUGUUAAUAGAUACCAAACGUCACUCAUUCUUCAUAUGUCUAUUUAAUAACUUUAGUGUACAUCUCCUCUUUCGAGCCAA